AUGUGUGACCAGCAGCAGAUCCCGUGCUACGUGCCCGUCCCGCAGUGCUGUGUCAAGGGGUCCUCCGCCGGCCCUUCCCAGUUUCCCUAUGCCAACAGCCAGGUGGUGGUCCAAGCCCCAUGCGGGAUGCAAGUUUUGGAGUGCCCUGCACCAUGCCCAGUUCUGGUCUCCCAGGCUCCAUGCCAGGCCAAGACCACUGAAAUCCCAUGUAAGUCUAAGACGACUCAGGUGACCGGCCAAUCCAAGGCCUCCCAAGGGAAGAAGGGCCAGUCCAAGACCACGGAGGUGAAAUGCCAGGCUCCCUGCCAGACCCAAGUUGCCUGCGGCCCGUGCCAGUCGGAGAUUGCCUACGUGCAGUGUGACGUCCCACAGCCGGUUCCCACUUACUAUGUGGAAUGUCCUCCGGUUUAUUACACAGAAACUCGUUACGUGCAGUACCCGGCCCACACCUACGUGCCUGGCCCUGCUCCCCAGCCUGUCCACACUUACGUAGAAUGUUCCUCCGGAGGCCAGGCCCAGGGAAGCUUCUCCACCCAGGCUCAGUAUCAGGGGCCCUACAGCAGCUGCGCCCCCCGGUUCCAAUCAGGACCCUCAUUCACCAGCUGCGCCCCUCAGCGUCAGGCCCAGGGGUCUUAUGGUAGCUGCGCCCCCCAGUUCCAAUCAGGACCCUCAUACACCAGCUGCGCCCCUCAGCGUCAGGCCCAGGGGUCUUAUGGCAGCUGCGCCCCCCAGUUCCAGUCACGGGCACCCUCUAGCUACUGUGGCCCCCAGCGCCAGUCGGGGGCCUCCUUCAGCUCCUGCGCCCCGCAAUGCCAGACCCGGGGCUCCUAUGGGAGCUUCACCUCGCAGCAGCGUCGGUCCCAGGGCUCCAGCCGCUGCCUCCCUCCCCCUCCAUCUCGUCCCAUGCCCCUUCCUUACCGCAGCUGCUCCCCGCCUCCCCGGCGCUCGGAGCCCUGGUCCGGCAGCUGUCAGUCACCUAGUUGCCCCUGGGGCACUGACAGCUACUGCACCCCACCUCGCCGCUCGGAGCCCAUCUACGGCGGCCACUGCGCCCGGGGCCGCCCCUCGGGCUGCGCUCAGAGAGGUGGACCCAGGUGCCGGGUGGACAUCUCCUCCCCGUGCUGCCCAAGGCAGGUUCCUCCGCAGAGAUGCCCGGCCCAGAUCCCUCCUGUGAGGCGCAGGUCCCAGAGCUGCGCCCCCAUGCCCUCGUGGGGUGCCUCCUGCCCCGAGCUGAGGCCGCGCGCACAGCCGCGUCCGUUCCCAAGGUCCUGCCCGCCCCAGCAGCGUCCGGGCCGGUGCCCCGAGCCACGAAGACCCCGUUGCCAGCUUCCUCCUCCCAGAACGUACACACGCCCAGAGCCAUGCCCGAGCCCAGAGCCACGCCCGUGCCCACCACUGAGGCGUUUUUCGGAACCGUGCCUGUACCCCGAACCGUGCCCAGCUCCUCCGCUCUCGCCACGCCCGGUGCCACGUCCCCGCCAGUGCGACCGUCCAGAGCCGCGUCCCUGGCCGCAGCCCUGCGAGCACUCGGAGCCCUGUCCGCGUCCAGAGCCGAUGCCCUUCCCUGCGCCCUGCCCCAGCCCAGAGCCUUGCGGGGAGCCAGGGCGCUGCCCCAGCCCCUGUUCCGGCCCCAACCUACUGCCGUACCCUCGAGAAGCAGGCUGCAGCGAAUCCACCCCGUGCCGCCUGGACACCGAGGGUCCCGGCCCCUACAGCUGCAACCAGGGGCAAGGGGGCGGUGCCAGCUGCGGGCCUGGCGACGACUUUCCAGAGCCGCUGGGUCUAGGUGGCUGCGGAGAGCAAGGAAGCCAAGGGCAUGCUGGCAUUAAAGGCGGGGCGUACGGCGGAGCGAAGGGCGCCUACUUCUAA